AUGGUUUCAAACAAUGCUGUUCCGAUGAAGUUAGAAAGUUCUGACAGAAGAUAUGUAGUUGUCAGAACGUCAGAUUCUCAUAUGCAAGAUACAGAAUAUUUUGACGACUUAGCAGAAACUUUGACAUCUGACUUUUACAACCACUUGUUCUCAUAUUUUAUGACAUUAGAUAUUUCUAAGUUCAAUCCAAGACAAAUUCCACAUACCGAAGAGAGACAAACAUUGUUAGAAGCAAACAAGAGUGUAUAUGAACUGUUCAUAGAUGAAACUGACUUUGUGUCAUUAGAUGAAAGGUCAUUGUACGAUUCGUAUAAACAAUAUUGUCAAGAAUAUGGUUAUAUGACAGCGUCUAAACGAACAUUCUUGGCAAAUGUCAAAAGUCUUUUAGACGUACAGAAUGGUGUAUAUACAAAGAAAAAUUUUUAUGAGUAA